GUGGAGCUUUUUUCGCAUCCAGAAAGAAAAAUACACAACCGCAACCAACCCAAAGGGUUUGAAUUGAUUUCACCACCUCCUCCUCCGCCGCUGAAAUUUCCGAUCACUCUCUCGCACCACCGCCAUGGAAGAAGAUCUCCGUCUCCACCGUGACCUUCAGUCGCCUCCGGUUCUGUCCGAUCCUGAGUUGACUCGCUCCGGUUCCGCCUCCAGCUCCUCCGCCAUCACCGCUGACAAGGAGUUCUCGCGUAAUUGCACGGACUCUUCGUUUCCGGACGAGUCGGCUAGAUGGACAGAUCAGCAGCACAGUCUAUAUCUCAGUUCUUUAGAGGCCUCAUUCGUGAAUGAAUUGCAUCGUUCUAUAAAUUUACGUGGUUGGAGCUUUCAAAAUAACACAGAUGGAGCAUAUAAACAUAGAACUCUGCAAAAGUCAGUUAAUAUGCCUAAGCAGUCUCUGGCUCUCCAAGAUGGCUGCCAGAAGAAGACCAAACUUGAAAGAAUUGCACCUAUGUUAGAAAGUACAGCUGAUUCUCAUGUUCAUGCAGGAAGUCAAUUGGGACUUAUACCUAUAGAUAGAGCUUGCAGUUUGAAAGAGCAUCAUACCUAUGACCAUGACUUGCCUUGUGACGAGGAGAUUCAUGCUAAAGGGAGUUUACCAUUCACCAACAAGUCACCAAGAAGUAGUGCGAAGAAGCAAUGUCUUUUCCCCUCAUUCCAUGCAGAAUCAAGUUGCAGUUCUGCAGAGGUCACCGAUCAAAAUUUCAAGGAUGAAGUAGCCAGUUCAAGCACCAUGCCCAUGGCUAAAAGGUUGAAGACAGCUGCAGCAGAUGGUUCAAGUAGAGAUCAAGUUGUGCCGUUUGAAAAGUUUCACACAUCAGAUGUUUCAAAUGCAACCUCGGAAAAGAAAGAACAUGAAUUGCAAUCGGAGCUCCGAGCGAGCAUUCACAUCCCGAAGUCUGAUCUGCGUUACUUUCUAAAGGGUAGGUAAGUAUAUGCAACAUAGAAUUAAGGCCUCAGGUUUUAUGGUGGAUGCUGGUAUAACAUGGCGCAGUUUCAAGAAAAUUGUUGAGGGACUUGCGUGAAGGAAAAUCGUACAUGGAAUUUAGUGCUGGUUAGGUUAUCUAAAGUUGUUUAGUGUAAAAUAGUGAGGAAGAAUCUUUUGAUAGCAAUAUCCACAGUCAUAGUAAAAAAUAUGAUUGCAUUUGAUUUUUUGUGGGAUGAAUUUUUGGUUGAUUGACCGAAUGUUUAGGUAGGUAAGUGUUACAUUUCCUUACUAGGCUUCCUCAAGUUUUCUUACUCCAAUUGUGCUUCAAAGAGUGAGUAAAAUGCCAUUUUUUGUUAUUUUAGUUCCUGAUAGAAGAAAACUCAUCAAAAAAGUUUCUGAAUGUAUAAUUUGUUUGUCA